UCCUUUUUGUGGGAACUAUCCCUUUAAUGUGCAGCAGGUUUCCCACCAAAACCUAUAGUUUGCCUUCAGAAGAACUGGAAUAUGAGUCAUGAGUUGCAUGGACUACUUUUAGGAUACUUUUGGGUUCUCUCAAUUUUGUUUCAAUAACAAAUCUCCAUUUCUGCCAGCCAUAUUUUGUCUUAUUAUUUAUUAGGUUGUCACAUCUGUUUUGUGUUAUUUAAAAAAAAAAAAAAAAAAAUGCUACAACAUUGCAAUUUUUCUGACAAUACUUGAGCGAUCCAGUUGUCUAGUUUAUUUGCAUAUCAUCUCAAUAUUUGAAGCCUGUGUCUCUUUUUUCCUUCAUUGGUCAAAAUUGUAAAAAAAAUAAUAAAUAAAAAUAAAUAAAUAAAUAAUAAUAAUUCAGUUAAUUAUCUCAUAAUUAACCUAAUUCAAAUAUUAUUUACUGAUUAACUUUAAGUGUAAUAUAAUACAUGUUUAAUGAAUGUUUUAAAACAGUUGACUCAGAGAUGACAUGCUGGUUCAGUAACAACACCAUCAUUUGUCAUUUAGUUUGACUCUGACACCUGGUGGACAUUUUUUAUUUAUAGUCUGUAAGUGUGCACUAAAAAUACAAGUGUACAACAUGUUAUGGACACCUAUUUUGCACACGUCUCUCAAAUGCACAAACAGGAAACUAUUUCAGGGAAACCGAAACUUAAGUGUUGUUGAGCUUUUAGGCUAUGCAUCUCUCUGUCUGUUUGUCCAUUUAUUGAAAUGGCAGAAGGCAGUUUUUCUCAGGAUCAGUUCAGCUGUCCAGUGUGUCUGGAUCUACUGAAGGAUCCAGUGACCAUUCCUUGUGGACACAGUUACUGUAUGAGCUGUAUUACAGACUGCUGGGAUCAAGAUGAUCAGAAGGGAGUCUACAGCUGCCCUCAGUGCAGACACUCCUUUACUACAAGACCUGCUUUAUUUAAGAAUGUGAUGUUUGCUGAAGUGCUGGAGAAACUGAAGAAGACAAAACUUCAAACUGCUCGUCCUGCUCACUGUUACGCUGGACCUGGAGAUGUAGAGUGUGACGUCUGUACUGGGAAAAAAUACAAAGCUGUCAAGUCCUGUCUGGAGUGUCUGAACUCUUACUGUCAAAAUCAUCUUGAACAACAUGAGAAUCUCUUUAAAGAUAGGAGGCAUAAUCUGAUGGAUCCCACUAGACGACUCCAUGAGAUGAUCUGCUCAAAACAUAAUAAACAGCUGGAAAUCUACUGUCGUACUGACCAGAUGUGCAUUUGUUAUCUGUGUACGAUGGACGAACAUAAAAACCAUGAUACUGUAACAGCUGCUGCAGAGAGGACUGAGAAACAGAGUCUUUUGGGAGAGACACAGAGGAAACUGCAGCAAAGAAUCCAGGAGAGCGAGAAGAAGCUUGAGGAGCUGAGAGAGGCUGUGAAGUCUCAUACGCGCUCUGCACAGACAGCAGUGGAGGACAGUGAGAGGAUCUUUACUGAGCUGAUGCGCUCCAUUGAGAGAAGCCGUUCUGAGGUGACACAGCUGAUCAGAGAUCAGGAAAAGGCUGCAUUGAGUCAAGCUGAAGGACUCUUGGAGCGACUAGAGCAGGAGAUUGCUGAUCUGAGGAGGAGAGAUGCUGAGCUGGGGCAGAUUUCACACACACAUGAUAACACACAAUUCCUGCAGAGUUUCCAGUCUCUAUCUGCACCUCCUGAAUCUACAGUCUUAUCCAACAUUACUGUCAGUUCUCUCCUCUCAUUUGAUGAUGUAGGAAAAUCUGUCUCUAAACUGAAAGAAAAACUGCAAGAUUUCUGUAAAGAAGCGAUAGAAAAGAUAGCUGAUAGAGGUAAAGUAUUAAAUAUUCAUUUACUCUCAAAAAUAAGUUUUGUUUCAUAUAGAAGAAAAGAAACUGGAGGGGAAAUAUUUACUUUUACAGUAAUAAUGUCUGUUUAUUCCUUAGUGACAAACAUCAAAAUUAUUCCAUCCAAAGAACCCAAGAUCAGGGAGGAGUUCCUACAGUAUUCCAGUCAGUUCACUCUGGAUUCAAACACAGUGAAUAAAUACCUCCGUCUGUCUGAGGGGAACAGAGUGGUUACUUACACUGGCACAAUCCAGCAGUAUCCUGAUCAUCCAGACAGAUUUGAUGGUGUUUCUCAGGUGUUGUGUAGAGAAAGUGUGUGUGGACGCUGUUACUGGGAGAUCGAAUGGAGUGGGAGUUACGGUGUGGAUAUAUCAGUGUCAUAUAAGAGCAUCAGCAGGACGGGACGGAUAAUGUGUUUAUUUGGAUAUAAUAAUCAGUCCUGGAGUUUGUACUGCUCUCCUUCCAGAUACUCAUUCAUGCACAAUACUAAACACACUGAACUCCCUGUGUCCCACAGCAUCUCUAGAAUAGGAGUGUAUGUGGAUCACAGUGCAGGAACUCUGUCCUUCUACAGCAUCUCUGACACAAUGACCCUCAUCCACAGAGAACAGACCACAUUCAUUCAAACUCUCUAUCCUGGGUUUUAUAUUCAUAGUGGAUCAACAGUCAAACUGUGUCAAAAUAGAAAUAGAAGAUAAAGUUAUUCUACAAAUAAUAUUGUCAUAUCACAGCUUUGAACUCCAUGAUAAAUCAGUAACAGUUUGAAUAAAAAAGAAAUCAACACUUGUCACUGAUAUAACACAUCAGAUUUUACAGUAAUUGAAUAAAAACCUCAUCAGCCAAAUCAUAUCAGCCUGAAACAACACAAUAAACAGUGAGUAUAUCUGAUUUAAUUACAUUAUUGUUACAGUCUUGUGUAAAUUAUUCUUUUAAAAUUGAUUGACAAAUCAAAUGUAACUUUGAAUUGAAUCUUGCAUCACUUCCAAUAAAUGGUUAAAAUUUA